GGGUUUUCUUCAAUACUUUAUAUUUAUUUCUCCAUCGUUGUUUCGCAGAGAAACAUAGGCAAAAACCCAGAAGAAUCAAAGAAAGGAGCAACUGAGAAAAGGCGCACGCUUGAAGGAAGGAGUCAAAAUAAAAGAGAGAAACGGAAGAUAACAGAAUAGGCGUUGAUAGACCGUGGAAUCUAAGAAUCACACACACAAAAAAGUUUAGGUGGGGGUUUUCUGUUUUUUUUUCUCAUGAAUUUUCCGUUUCUUCUCUUUUCAAAUGAAUCCCCGUCCUUAACUAUAUACUUCUUGCGUGUUUCCUGCGGUCUAUCUACUCUUAAUCUGUGUCUUCACUAACUCUUUUUAUAUCUCUCUUUUUUCUUUUACAGAAUCUUUAUAAAAACUCUUGCUUCUGUCAAAAACCUAAUUAAGAUCCUACUUAUUCUCCCCCAGUUCUUUGUUCUUUCUUCUGGGUUUUCUUUAUAGUUUUGGUUCUUGUUUAUUUUCGGGUGUUUUACUCUUUGUUUAUUGUCUUGAAGUGGGGAGUGUUUUAGUUCUGGGUAAUUGAUCAAUGGAGGAUGAGGGUAGGGUUUCUGGUGGCAACGGGUCAUCUUACUGGUUGGAUGCUUGCGAGGACAUACCGUGUGACUUGAUUAACGAUUUUGUUGAUUUCGAUGCCCCUCUAGUCCAAGACUCAGUUGACAAUACUUCCAGUCAAGAUUUCUUUGGUGGGAUUGAUCACAUUCUCGAUAGCAUCAAAAACGGCGGUGGCCUUCCUGCAGUGGAAAGUAACUGUAAUAGCUCUGUUGUCAAUGGAAACGGAAGUGGAAUCCAUGACUCCGUUGUAGGGGAUGGAUUGUGUACCAAUGAGCUCUCUUUGGUUUCCAAGAAUCUGCCUGAGAACUUGGUUCCAACACCUAAUGGUGUUGAAAAGAACAACAUUGAAAGCAAAGGGCAGGAGAAGAACUGUGAUGGUAGUAAUUCGAAUUUGUCUGAUUACUCUACUAAGGAUAAUGGAGUUCAUCGAGAUGAUAAAAGGUCAUCUGAGUCAAGGGAUAGGGGUUUAGAUAGUGAAGAGAGAUGUGGCAAGAGGGCUCGUACGAAAGGCUGCAGGAGUGAUAGGCAGUAUUCUAGUAGAGGUCAGUAUUACCCCAAGGAAAGGGAGAGAUCUUCUGCUCGAAAAAGGGUUCGUGAUUGGGAUGAUAUCGUUAGGAGAGAUAGAGAGCAUGUUAGGAGAAGAGAACAUUAUUAUGGUGGUAAUAGGAGGGAUGGGAGAGAUAGAGAACCAAGGGGUUAUUGGGAGAGGGAUCGGUCAGGUUCCAAUGAGAUGGUUUUUAAGUUGGGAACUUGGGAAGCAGAUCAGCAAAAAGAAGCGAAAGCGGCUAAUGAAAAAACUCAGGAGUCCAAUGGAAAGUUGGAGAAGAAAGUUGAACAGCCAAAGGAAAAAGGUUUGGAGGAGCAAGCUCGUCAAUAUCAAUUGGAUGUUCUUGAACAGGCAAAAAGGAAAAACACAAUUGCAUUUCUUGAAACAGGGGCAGGGAAGACACUCAUUGCUGUUCUCCUCAUCAAAAGUAUUGCUGAUGAUUUACAAAAACAGAACAGAAAAGUGCUCUCUGUCUUUUUGGUUCCCAAAGUUCCACUAGUUUACCAGCAAGCUGAAGUUAUUCGUGAGCGAACUGGUUUCCAAGUAGGCCAUUAUUGUGGGGAGAUGGGUCAGGAUUUCUGGGAUGCUCGUAGGUGGCAGCGUGAGUUUGAAACAAAACAGGUUUUGGUUAUGACAGCGCAAAUUCUGCUGAAUAUUUUGAGGCACAGCAUAAUUAAAAUGGAAGCAAUCAAUCUUCUUAUUCUGGAUGAGUGUCAUCAUGCUGUGAAGAAACAUCCGUAUUCACUGGUUAUGUCUGAAUUCUAUCAUACAACACCAAAGGAGAAGAGACCUUCUGUUUUUGGGAUGACUGCUUCUCCUGUUAACUUGAAGGGUGUUUCAAGUCAAGUCGAUUGUGCAAUAAAGAUUCGUAAUCUAGAAAGCAAGCUGGAUUCUGUAGUCUGUACAAUAAAAGACCGCAAGGAACUUGAGAAACAUGUGCCAAUGCCCUCAGAAGUUGUGGUAGAGUAUGACAAAGCAGCCAGUUUAUGGUCCCUUCAUGAACAAAUAAAACAAAUGGAAAAGACAGUUGAAGAAGCGGCACAGUCGAGCUCUAGAAGAAGUAAAUGGCAGUUCAUGGGAGCUAGAGAUGCAGGAGCCAAGGAAGAGCUUCACCAAGUUUAUGGUGUAUCUGAAAGAACAGAAAGUGAUGGAGCUGCUAAUUUGAUACAAAAGUUGAGGGCCAUUAAUUAUGCACUUGGUGAAUUGGGUCAAUGGUGUGCUUACAAGGUUGCACAGUCAUUUUUGACAGCAUUACAAAAUGAUGAGAGGGCAAACUACCAGCUUGAUGUCAAGUUUCAAGAAUCUUACCUAAACAAAGUCGUUUCUCUCUUACAAUGCCAAUUAUCGGAGGGAGCCGUUGCUGAAAAAGAUAUGAACAUUGCAGAAGCAGAGAGAUGUAAUGCUCAAGAUGGGACUGACCCUGACGAGAUUGAGGAAGGAGAGCUCCCUGACAGUCAUGUUGUCUCCGGUGGAGAGCAUGUGGAUGUGGUAAUUGGAGCGGCUGUAGCAGAUGGUAAAGUGACCCCAAAAGUACAGUCCUUGAUUAAAAUACUACUCAAGUAUCAGCACACGGAGGAUUUUCAUGCGAUCAUCUUUGUUGAGCGAGUUGUGGCUGCUUUAGUUCUUCCUAAGGUUUUUGCUGAGCUUCCAUCCCUGGGUUUCAUCAGGUGUGCUAGUUUGAUUGGGCACAACAAUAGUCAAGAAAUGCGGACUGGACAAAUGCAGGAUACAAUUGCUAAAUUCCGCGAUGGUCGUGUGACAUUGUUAGUUGCGACUAGUGUUGCUGAGGAAGGAUUGGAUAUUCGGCAAUGCAAUGUUGUUAUUCGUUUUGAUCUUGCGAAAACUGUUUUGGCAUAUAUUCAGUCUAGGGGUCGUGCAAGGAAGCCUGGGUCAGAUUACAUCUUGAUGAUUGAGAGAGGAAAUGUAUCACAUGCUACAUUCCUAAGGAAUGCAAGGAAUAGUGAGGAGACCUUGCGGAAAGAAGCAAUUCAGAGAACUGACCUUAGUCAUCUGAAGGAUACUUCGAGGUUGAUUUCAGUGGAUAGGGUGCCAGGUAUGGUGUACCAGGUCGAAUCAACUGGUGCUAUCGUUAGCUUAAAUUCUGCUGUUGGACUUGUUCAUUUUUACUGCUCUCAGCUUCCCAGUGACAGAUAUUCAAUACUCCGUCCCGAGUUUAUCAUGAAGAAGCAUGAGAAGCCAGGGGGUCCAAUUGAAUAUUCUUGCAAGCUUCAGCUCCCAUGUAAUGCACCAUUUGAAGAGCUUGAGGGUCCCAUGUGCAGUUCUAUGCGUCUUGCCCAGCAGGCUGUAUGUUUGGCUGCUUGCAAGAAGCUCCAUGAGAUGGGAGCAUUUACUGAUAUGCUCUUGCCAGACAAAGGAAGUGGCGAAGAAGCAGAGAAGGCUGAGCAGAAUGAUGAAGGAGACCCACUUCCUGGAACUGCUAGACAUAGAGAGUUCUAUCCUGAAGGUGUAGCAGAUAUACUCCAGGGAGAAUGGAUAUUAUAUGGAAGAGAUGGCGCUGAUGACUUGAAACUAAUUCGUCUCUACUAUUAUACAAUCAAAUGUGUAAAUAAUGGCUCUUCAAAAGAUUCAUUCUUAACUAAAGUCUCAGAUUUUGCAGUACUUUUUGGAAAAGAGCUGGAUGCAGAGGUGUUAUCGAUGUCGGUGGAUCUAUUUAUCGUUCGAGCCAUGAUAACCAAGGCAUCUCUUGUCUUCAGGGGAUCAAUAGAUAUUACUGAAAGUCAGCUGGCAUCCCUUAAAAGUUUUCAUGUAAGACUGAUGAGCAUUGUACUGGAUGUGGAUGUUGAUCCUUCCACUACUCCUUGGGAUCCUGCCAAGGCAUAUUUGUUUGUCCCUGUGGUUGGCGAUAAGUGUGUAGAUCCUAUAAAGGAAGUUGAUUGGGAUUUGGUUGAUAAUAUAAUCACUACAGAUGCAUGGAACAAUCCCCUUCAGAGAGCUAGGCCAGAUGUUUUCCUUGGAACAAACGAGAGGACGCUUGGUGGCGACAGAAGGGAGUAUGGAUUUGGGAAAUUGCGUAAUGGCCUGGCUUUUGGGCACAAACCUCAUCCUACUUAUGGUAUCAGAGGAGCCGUAGCCCCAUAUGAUGUUGUUAAAGCGACUGGGGUGGUUCCUAGUCGUGAUGUGCUUGAGGUACAAGAAGGGGAUUUGACCAAAGGAAAAUUGAUAAUGGUUGAUGGCUUCACACAUGCAGAUCAUCUUGUUGGAAGAAUAGUAACAGCUGCUCAUUCAGGGAAGAGGUUUUAUGUAGAUUCAAUAUGCUAUGACAUGACAGCAGAGACCUCCUUUCCGAGGAAAGAGGGCUAUCUUGGUCCUCUAGAGUACAGCUCAUAUGCUGAUUACUAUAAGCAGAAGUAUGGAGUUGAGUUGAGAUACAAAAGGCAAGCUUUAAUAAGAGGUCGUGGUGUUUCAUACUGCAAGAAUCUCUUGUCUCCUCGAUUUGAUCACUCAGAAGGUGAAUCAGAGGAGGCUGUUGACAAAACAUACUAUGUUUUUCUUCCUCCUGAGCUGUGUUUUGUCCAUCCACUUCCUGGAUCACUUGUUAGAGGUGCCCAGAGAUUGCCCUCUAUUAUGAGGAGGGUUGAGAGCAUGCUUCUUGCAAUUCAACUUAAGCACAUAAUACAAUUUCCAGUCCCUGCUUCAAAGAUUUUGGAAGCUUUGACUGCCGCUUCAUGUCAGGAGACAUUUUGCUAUGAAAGGGCAGAGCUUCUGGGGGAUGCUUACUUGAAAUGGGUUGUUAGUCGCUUUUUGUUUCUUAAAUAUCCCGAUAAACAUGAGGGACAACUGACCAGGAUGAGGCAACAAAUGGUGAGUAACAUGGUAUUGUAUCAAUAUUCACUAAACAAGGGACUUCAAUCAUAUAUCCAAGCGGAUCGCUUUGCACCAUCUAGAUGGGCUGCUCCUGGGGUAUUGCCUGUCUUUGACGAGGAUACAAAAGAUGGAAACACGUCCUUAUUUGAUCCAGAACAUGCAACUGUUGAUGUUUUACCAGGAAAAGUAAAUGGUGACGGGUUUGACGAUGAUGAUAUGGAAGAUGGUGAGAUUGAGAGUGACUCAAGUUCUUAUAGAGUCCUCUCUAGCAAGACCUUAGCAGACGUUGUUGAAGCGCUAAUUGGAGUAUAUUAUGUUGAAGGUGGCAAGAGUGCAGCUAACCACCUCAUGAAAUGGAUUGGGAUCCAGGUGGAGUCCGAUCCUGUUGAGAUGGAAUCUAUAUUGAAGCCAUCCAGUGUUAAAGAAACCAUACUUAAGAGUGUAAACUUUGAUGCCUUAGAUGGUGCAUUGAACUUAAAGUUUAAAAAUAAGGCCUUGUUGGUAGAAGCUAUAACUCAUGCUUCACGUCCAGCAUCUGGAGUAUCCUGCUACCAGCGUUUGGAGUUUAUUGGUGAUGCAGUCUUGGAUCAUCUUAUCACGAGACAUCUAUUUUUCACAUACACCAAUCUGCCUCCAGGCCGCUUGACUGAUUUGCGAGCUGCUGCUGUAAACAAUGAAAACUUCGCACGUGUUGCGGUAAAGCAUCAGCUGCAUGUGCACCUUCGGCAUGGAUCAAGUGCUCUUGAGAAACAGAUUCGGGAAUUUGUGAAGGAAGUUCAGGACGAGUUAUUAAAGCCAGGGUUCAACUCAUUCGGUUUAGGAGAUUGCAAAGCUCCAAAAGUACUUGGAGAUAUUGUUGAAUCCAUUGCUGGUGCCAUUUUUCUUGACAGCGGACGUGACACUGCAGUUGUCUGGAAGGUUUUUCAACCUCUGUUGCAUCCCAUGGUGACUCCAGAGACAUUGCCAAUGCAUCCUGUCCGGGAACUACAAGAGCGAUGCCAGCAACAAGCUGAAGGCUUGGAAUACAAAGCCAGUCGAAGUGGCAAUUUGGCUACUGUGGAGGUUUUCAUAGAUGGUGUCCAAGUGGGAGUUGCUCAGAAUCCCCAAAAGAAGAUGGCACAGAAACUAGCUGCAAGGAAUGCGCUUGCUGUCUUGAAGGAGAAAGAAACAGCUGAAGCUAAGGAGAACGCUGAGGAAAAUGGGAAAAAGAAUGGCAACCAAACAUUUACAAGACAAACAUUGAAUGAUAUCUGCCUUCGUCGAAACUGGCCUAUGCCCUCCUAUCGGUGUGUGAGUGAAGGGGGGCCGGCCCAUGCAAAGAGAUUUACGUUUGCUGUCAAAGUUAAUACCAGUGACAGGGGGUGGACCGAUGAAUGUGUAGGCGAGCCAAUGCCCAGUGUUAAGAAGGCUAAGGACUCUGCUGCGGUGCUUCUCUUGGAACUCUUAAACAAAUGGUAUUCAUCAUGACCAUAUUGAGGACAAUGAUUAUUUUGGUACAUUGUUCCCAAACUCUUUUUUUAAUAGCCCCCUAUUGGUCGUGGGGUGUAUCACACAAUUCAUAGGUUUUUAUCCCCUAUUGGUCGUGGGGUGUAUCACAAUUCAUAGAUCUUUAUUCCCCUGUUGGUUGUGGGGUGUAUAAUUUAGAGUUGUCAUUCAUAAAUGUUAUGCUUUUGUGGGGAAAAAA